GGUGCUGACAGCACUCAGAGCGAGCGCAGAAAUCUAACAUUUUCUGCCUCUCCGUUCACAAUUACAAAUCUGAUCAGUGCUCAUCGUCUCGCGCAGCGACCUCGCUUCUUACGGCGCGUGCAGCGGAGGUCUCGCGACGAGAACGUUUGUGUUCUGCUUCUCUUUAAUUAUUCCGAAAGUGUUUUAAUACAACAAGGACGCAUUCUGUUAGAGGAACCCACUGCCGUGAGCAUGUACUCGUCAAGAAAUUACAAACCAAACAUGGUCAUUCUGACGCUGGCCGUAUUUGUUUGUGUGGCGAACGCACGAGGGCAAGGUUCUUUUAUGGAUGGGAGGUUAGCAGUCACCCAAAGAGGAGGUCAGCUGGAGGCAGAAGAUGGGUCCAACCCAUACCACACUACACAGGACCCAGAGAGAGACCUGCCCCUGUUCACCACUGCUCCCCCUUUCAGUAGCCUCGACCACCAUCAGACUUAUAAGCCCUUCCCGCCUUACGACCCACUGCGUCAAAGCCAUGAGCAGUACUUUCAGGACAGUGGAGGGGCGGCUCAUCAUCCCACAAUGCCAUCCACUAUUUCCCAUCUCCUCCAAGAUCCUUCCACUCAGCAUGUCCCACAUGAGGAUGCACCUCCGUUCUCUGAUGUAACGGCUAUCAGACCCACCACAUUGGCACCAUCUUCUGCUGCCCUCACCCAGCCACACAUGUCCAGUGUCCAGCAUGAAUCUUCAGCAGAAACACAAAAGAGAAGCUCCAAGGAGCCAACCGUGUCCAUGACCACAGGAUCAGUGACCACUGAUGCUCAAACAUCCAAUGAAAAGCAUAUCGAUAGAGAUAGGGGCAUCAUUAUGUCCUCCAGCAAUGUGCCCAAAUAUGCAACUAACAAAGAAAAGCUGCAAAAGAUCAAGAUAGAACAUGAUGCUCCAGUAAACGAUGUUACUGCAACAGCAUCAUCAGUGUCUGCAGAUUUGGAUGACGAGACUGCCACCUCCACCAUCAUCACCACGACGGUUAUAACGACCAUGCAGAUGCCAGCUCCAUGCAGCAGCAAUUUCACAGCGCCAGGAGGCUACAUAGAGACACCACAGCCAGCCAAGAGUUGGUACAAUACAAAUGUAGACUGCACGUACACCGUGACCGUUUACAUGGGCUAUGGGGUGGAAAUUCAGGUGAUGAAUGUGAGCCUGGCUGAAGGCGAUGUGGUUAGAUUUGAAGACCUGGGUGGCCAGCAGCCUUCUGUACUGGCCAACGAGUCCAUCUUGCUGAAGGGUCUGGUGGUACGCAGCUGGAGCAACCAAAUUUCCAUCCAUUUCCGUAGUCAGCUGCCGCAGUCCAGCUCCUUGCUACUGCGUUACCAAGCCUUUGUGUUGAGCUGUAACUUCCCUGAUAGACCAGCUUACGGGGAUGUGUCCGUGACUAGCCUGCAUGCAGGGGGUGAGGCCUAUUUCUACUGCUUAAAUGGAUACCAGCUCCAGGGUCCCUCCACCCUGACGUGUCGCAAUGCUACCACACCCUACUGGAAUGGAAAGGUGCCCCGGUGUACUGUGGCCUGCGGUGGAAUGAUGAAGAAUGCAACUCUCGGUCGCAUUGUGUCCCCUGGUUUCCCUGGGAACUACAGCAACAACCUGACCUGCCACUGGGUGCUGAAGGCCCCUGAGGGUCAACGGCUCCAUGUACACUUUGAAAAGGUGGCCCUUGCAGAAGAUGAUGACAGGUUUAUGAUCAAAAAUGGUAACCACAUCGACACGGCAAUUCUGUAUGACUCAUAUGAGGUGGAAUACCUGCCGAACGAGGGAAUUGUCAGUUCCUCCAGACAUCUCUUUGUGGAGUUUACAACGGAUGGCUUCGGCACCAACACAGGCGUAGCCAUCAGAUAUGAAGCUUUUGCGGCAGGGCAUUGCUAUGAGCCAUUCGUCAAGUACGGCAACUUCACCACCACUGACAGCACUUACGCUGUGGGCACGGUUGUGGAGUUCACCUGCGACCCCGGCUACACCCUGGAGCAGGGCUCCGUCAUCAUCGAAUGCAUGGAUCCCAGCAACCCUCAAUGGAAUGAGACUGAGCCCGCCUGCAGAGCUGUAUGCAGUGGAGAGAUCACCGAUUCAGCUGGGGUGGUGUUGUCACCAAACUGGCCUGAGGCCUAUGAUAAAGGCCAGGACUGCAUCUGGGGGAUUCAUGUGGAAGAAGACAAGAGGAUCAUGCUAGACAUUCAAGUUCUCCACAUGGGCAAGAAUGACCUGCUGACGUUCUACGAUGGAGAUGACCUGACUGCAAAGAUACUGGGCCAGUAUAGUGGCUCCAGGCCUCGUUUCAAACUCUACACCUCCAUGGCUGAUGUCACCAUCCAGUUUCAAUCAGACCCCGCCACCAACAUCUAUGGCUACAACAAUGGCUUUGUAGUACACUUUUUCGAGGUACCACGUAAUGACACAUGUCCUGAGCUUCCAGAGAUCCCUAAUGGAUGGAAGACCACAUCUCACCCUGAUCUGGUGCAUGGUACAGUGGUGACGUAUCAGUGUUACCCGGGCUUCGAGGUGGUGGGCACUGAAAUGCUGAUGUGUCAGUGGGACCUGACCUGGAGCGGAGACCUGCCCAGCUGUGAAAGAGUUCUGUCAUGCCUAGACCCAGGCACAGUGGAGCACAGUCGCAGGGUGAUGUCAGGGCCACGUCUCAUCGUGGGCUCCACUGUGCAGUACAUCUGCAACAAAGGCUACUUGCUGUCAGGUAACAGCCUCCUCUCCUGCUACCACCGUGACUCCACUGGCCCGAAAUGGAGCGAGAAACUGCCCAAAUGCAUUCCUGACACAUUGGAGCCGUGCAGGAAUCCUGGGACUCCCGCCUAUAGCAUCCAGAGCUCAGAGAAGCUUGUGUAUCAGGCAGGAGAGACUCUGCACUUCUCCUGUCUGAGCGGGUAUGAGCUCCAAGGUGAACCUGUUCUCCGUUGUGUCCCCGGGCACCCUUCCAAAUGGAGCCACCCACCCCCAAUGUGCAAAGCUGUAACACUGGAGUACAUAGAUGAACACAGGCUAGAUGUGGCCAGUGCAGACUUCAGUAUGGAGGGAGCCAGUGUGGCUGUUUCCAUUUUUAUCCCAGUGGCCAUAAUCAUGAUUAUCAUCAUGUCAAUAUAUUUCUACUUUUCAAGGGUGCAGGGGAAAUCACUACGCCUGUCCAUGUCCACAUCGCCACAAUAUGACCACAUUAGAGGAGAGUCAGCUUUUGAAAACCCCAUUUAUGAGACUGGAGUGGAGUCAGUGAGUGUAAUCGGCGUUUCCAUGGGAAUGCUGAUCGCUCCUGGGGAGACGCUGAUUACGAGACCUAUGAUUCAAACCAGCCACCAGAGGUACUCUCUAGGAUUCUGUUGUAAAGAAAGAGCCUGUAAGGAGAGUUGAUCAAUGGAGUAGCAUCACAUGGACAAGGCCGAGAAGGAUACAAGAGAAUAUGAAGUCUCCAUUUAAAAACAACAAAGCUAAUUUUAGCAUGAAGGACCACAAGCCUUUCUCUGCCUUGUGGAAGGUUUCUCAGUUCCACUCACAUCUUGUGUAGCCACCUCUGCUCUUAUACCUGCCUACCUUCUCAUCCUUUCUUAUCUGCUGUAAAUAUUGCCUUGCUUCUAAAGACUUCCACAAGUGAAGAGUGUGGACAACAUGAUAUUAUUUUUGUAGAGCUUCAAUAGCCAUGGCCUAGCAGAAUUGCUUGUACAGUUUUUACCCGUAAUUUAGCCAAAUUAAAUAAGGAAUUUAAAAAUGACUAAAAACUGGGAAAUCAUGUCAUUUAGCUGAUUGAUGUCUCUUUAAACAUAUUUAUUCAUUUAUUUAAUUUCUUGAUUGUUGUGCUUUUGUUACCUAUCAACACCCAGAGAUAAUUUAUGGCCUGAAAGGGCAUCUAGAGUAUUACAAUUCAGUUUAUGGAUUAUUCAGAUGAAUUUGCAGCAAAUGUAAUGGUUAUUAUAACAUUUGACACCUGAAUGGCAUGCAGGGAAAAAGUAAACACAUUGAAAUUACAAUGACGUAAAACAAAAAGUAACCAUUCAACAAUAAAACGUAUGCAUGGUUUACAGCUUAUUAUUAUUUUUCCCCCACACAUCAUAAAAAUGAGACAUUUUAAUUACAAGAGCUGAGUAUCAACCUUCAAAUGACAUCUGUCAGUGUUUUGCAUGGGGACUGGUCUGGUAAUUGGUUCUGUAUCCAAUGAUGUGAAGUGGGUCUUUAUUUAAUCGACCCGAAGCCUUUACUUUAUCCUUAAUUGUAGCUAGCCUGUGUGUGCAGUGACAGACUAAGACUGAGGGGAAAGAGGUCUCUACCUGCGCUAAAUUUCGCCUUUGGUUGAAUAAGCCAAAAGUUAAAAAUAUAUAUGUACAGCAAGUUCUUGUAAAUCAUCCAUCCUUCACUGAUCAUACUGGCUCAGAUUUCUUUGGUUUCAGUUUAUUUUUGUAUGUUUUUAUACAUAUGAUGGAACAAAAAACAAUUGACUGUAAUCUUUCAGCAGGCAUUCUUAAUCUAUAAAUAUCUAAGAAUGUACAUAAAAUUUGUAUUAGAUAUGGCUUAAAAUGUAUGUAUAUAUGAGGUUUAUCUAUCAUAGAAUAGAUCAUUGUUCAUCAUUUGAUACUGUCCGUCAACAUCAAUGAUAUGGAUCAUCUAAAACAAAUAUGUACUUGUUCUCCAUAUUAAUGUUGUCCGUAUUGAAAAAAUGUAAUUUCAAUGUAAUUAGCAAAAGCUGCCAAAAACAUCACAAUUGGUCAUAGGACACAUAACAGAAUUGCAUCAUGGAUGUAUGUUUCAGUGUUUCACUGUCUCCAACUGGAAAAAAGGAACAUUUUGGAAACCUAAGAAACAACAUUUAAUUGAUUUAUGAAAUCUCACAGAAUUCAGAGUGGAGCAGCAUAAAUGAAUUCCUUGACACAGUGCUCAAACUGAAAUAUUCAUGAUUCAAAAUGAUAUUAUAUACAUGUUUUUGCUUUACUGUACUUUACUGUAAUUAUUUACCACAUUGUCAGAGCAUAUCUUCAAUUAAAAAUUAUAUUCCAUCAA